AUGCUAGAGGGUCGUCGGACCAUACAUAUGCCUAUGAGAGACCUCAUUGACAGCAUAAUGGGCCUUUACACGGCGGCGGAUGAGGAGAUGCUCUCAACUGCAACCCUCAAUCAGACAAUGCCGAAUCUUCAAGCUAUAGGAUGGGCGGCUGCUGAAACAGAGCAAGGUAACACUUGGAAAACGGUGCGAAAGAAGAAUAGACACGAGAAGCACACCAGAAACGCAAGGCUAGAAUCGGCAAAGCCUGACGCAGUGAUUGUGAGCGCACCUGCGAAUACAUCGUACGCUGAUAUACUGCGCUCAGUCAAAUCAGAGCCAAAAUUGAAAGAGCUGGGUCAGCAUGUUAGGGGUAUCCGAAAGACGCUGAAAGGAGAGCUGCUCUUUGAACUAUCAAAGCCUUCGGACCCCAACACGAAAGUAUUCCAGGAGGCAAUAAAGGAGUUCCUGGGCCCAUCAAUAGAUGUCAGAUCGCUGACGAAAAUGACUUCAAUCGAAGUAAAAGACUUGGACGAAGUGACUUCUGGAGAGGAACUGUUGGAAGCCAUAAUCACCCAAUUUGGCGAGAUCGGGGUGAAUCAAUCCAGCAUUAUAACGAUUCGCAGAUCGUAUGGAAGCAGGCAGACAGCUAGUCUAAGAAUCCCAGUCGACUCAGCGGCGAAGCUACUAAAGGCAGGCAAACUGCGUGUAGGAUGGAAUACGUGUCGUAUAAGGCGUAAGAUACAGCCAAUACGCUGCUACAGGUGUAUGGAAUUCGGACAUAUACAAAGCAGGUGUACAGCGGAAGCAGAUUGUUCGGGAAAUUGCUACAAUUACGGAGAGGCAGGCCACCAGGCCAAAACAUGCUCGAAAAAGCCGAAAUGCAUACUGUGUAGCAGGAAAGGGGAAGAAGAUUCGGCGCACACGACUACCAGCAUACGGUGCCCGUACCAGAGCAAGGCGCGUUCACGGUCAAAUUAGCAAUGGUUCGGAUUUAUCAACUAAAUUUAAACCACUGUGAAGCAGCACAGGAUCUACUGCUGCAGACUGUAA